GAACAAUAAAAUAUGCGUAUUUCGUUGUCACAUUUACAAAUAACAUCAUAUAAAUUGUAUGUCUAUGAUUUAGCAAGCAGAAUAUUUUUCUUGUUCUAUCGUCUUGACAGCAAUCAAUUUUUGAACUAUAUUUAUAUAAUAAUUAUUAAUUAAAAGUAACCUUAAAAAAAUUCAUUAAUAAUUUCACAAAUAAUUUAAUUUUUCAUGACUGAUAUUGCUAUUGUUAUUACUGUUAAAAUAUUUUGAAAUGAUUGAAAAACAAAGACUUUUUUUAAAUUUAAUAAAAAAUAAAAGAAUGAUAUUUUUAUUUAAGAAACAUUUCUCAGAUACUACUGAAACUAAUAACAAUGAAAAAGUAACUCAUUUUGGAUUCAAAACUAUUAAGGAAAGCGAUAAAGUGAAAGAAGUAUAUACAGUCUUUGAAAAAGUAGCAAAUUCCUAUGAUCAAAUGAAUGAUGCCAUGAGUUUUGGAAUUCAUCGUAUUUGGAAAGAUAUAUUCAUUCAAAGACUUGGACCAACUCAUGGCAGUAAAUUAUUAGAUUCAGCUGGUGGUACAGGAGAUAUUACAUUUCGAUAUUUAAAUUAUUUAAAAAAUACUCUUAAUCAUCAAGAUUUAAAAAGUUCUGUAACAGUUUGUGAUAUAAAUGAAAAUAUGUUAAAAGUUGGUAAAGAUAGAAUAAAAAAAUUAGGAUGGAUUAAUCAAAAUAAUGUUGAUAUUGAUUGGCAACAAAGCGAUGCAGAAAAUCUUCCUUUUAAAAAUGAUUCAUAUACUGCUUAUACAAUAGCUUUUGGAAUUAGAAAUGUAACACAUAUUGACAAGGUACUUUCUGAAGCAUACAGAGUACUUAUUCCAGGUGGUCGUUUCAUGUGUUUGGAGUUUAGUCAUGUAGAUAAUAAUUUUUUAAAAUGGGUCUAUGAUCAAUAUUCAUUUCAAAUUAUACCAGUCUUGGGCACACUCAUAGCAGGAGAAUGGCAACCCUAUCAAUAUCUUGUUGAGAGUAUUAGAAAAUUCCCAAAACAAGAAGACUUUAAAGAAAUGAUAGAAGAAGCAGGAUUCAGAAAUGUAACAUAUGAAAAUUUGACAUGUGGAAUAGUAGCUAUUCAUUCAGGUUUUAAAUUAUAAUUCAUGUAUUUUGUUUAAAUAUAAUUAAAUACAUUAUAAAUUAUUUAUAUUUUUUA